GGGUCGUGCCAACAUACCAACACGACCAGCCAACCAUUCACCUUGACUGCCCCAAAGACGUCCUCGCAGGCCGGUGGACAAGAUGACAGACAAUGGCAGAGCCCCGGAUUCCCUAGAGCACGUCACAAAUCGCAGACGUACAUUGCGCUCGUUCCAGGAAAGACGCCCAGAACGCGACGCAAGCGACAAUGAGGCUGCUGCAAACCCCCCAGCGACGCAGCUUCCGUCGCCUCCCCUCCGCCGUAUCAUUCGCCCUCCUCAAGCUGGUAACCUUGCCGACUGGGACGUCGACCAAACCACGGCUCACCCACUCUUCGGCUUUCAGGCCUCUGAACACGCCUCCACCACUAUACCCUCCGCUACAGACUCGCCUCCACCUGGGCCGCAAUCCAGCAGGGGCUUCAUCCCCCGUGCUCGCCGAAGGGACCCCAGGGACUUGGCCACUGGCUCGGGCUGGAGCAGCAGAACACGGACGAGACGUGGUAGUUUAGGCAGUGACGGUAUACCAACUGAGACGUCGGUUGAUCAUCAAUUCGCCGAUGCGCUAGAGCACGAGCUGCUAGGAAACGAAGCCCCUCAGGAAUACUCCGAGGAAGAACCAGACGAAGCGUCAACCGCGCGACCAUCCUUGGACGAUUUGGACCUCUUCCGACUUGCGCGUGCCAUGUCGCGCACGGGCGCAUCUCAGGCUGCAUUAGACGAUAUUGUCCUCCAUCGCAUCAUGCCCGGCGCUACGAAGCGUCCUCGGGAUAAGUUCGAGGCCACAGACGGAAAGGACAUCACCAAAAUACUGGAAAACAAGGGCGCUGUAGCGGUGGUGUUGUAUGACACCUCUACUCCAAAUCCAGAAGCGAAUGAUAUCUGGCCAGAAUGUCGUAGCUCAGCAAAGCUCCCAGCCUGCUAUGUUUUGUUUGAUCGGUCUAAACAAAUCCUACCGGAGUCCAAGUCGAAACGACGUGCGCCAAAUCCUUCUAGGAGGGUAACAAGGUCGCAACUUAAUAGUGAUAGCGCAGACGAGUACCUCUUAGACGCCCCAGCUGGUCGCCCUGAAUGGAAGCUGCCAGUAGAGCUCGUGGAGUUGAUCGCUUGCCACCUCAAUCGAGACGACAUCAAGUCUUUGCGCCUAGUAAGCCGCGAGCUGAACCACUACGUCUCUCAGGUCAUCUUCAAGACCGUCGUAGUUCCCUUUAAUACAGAGAUCUAUGGCAUGCUUGGACAAGAGCCAAAGCCCGACCUCAAGGGAAAGAAGCGAGUAAAGGUGGAGAAUCCAGGGUAUCCUUGGACGAAUGCCACCAGAGACGAGGUAUAUAAUGGCCACGGCCUGGACGUAUUCCGAGGAUUCGGGAAACAUAUUCUGAGGUAUGGAAUGAGCUUCGAAGUCAACGAGGAUUCACUUGCAACCCCCCCGGCAAAGUCACUCACAGAACAGAAGACCAGCUUCUGGGGAAAUUACGAUUGGCCAUUUGAAGAGUAUAGGAGAUUCGCUACUGUCGCUGGCCUUGAAUUCGCUGCCGAUGAAACACCACGAAUGAAGAUAGCAUUCUCAGAGCUGAAUAGGGUAAAGGAACUUGCCUUGUCUGUCGACAGUGGCCUCGGAUGGCUGAAUGGCCCGGAUCGAUCCAUCCGUGCGCGAAUCCUGCAGAGGCCCCAGCAAGUUUUCGGUUCACCAAAAGACGUUCCGGAUCGCCGAUCGCAGGCCCAGCAAGAGCUUUGGCGUCAUAUAGAAGCAUGCCAUGAAAGCAACGGUAGCGACGUUAGGCUGGCAACACUGUACAGAUUGGAUGGGCAGCGCCCCAUGUCUGAGCUCAAGGAAGCCAGCAUGGUGACUGAAGAACAGCCAGAUAUGCCGUACUUGGACCCACGCCUCAUACAUGAAGCGACUCCCCACGACACCGCCGACCUACAGAUACCUACCUCUUUCGAUGACCCAGAUGUUCUUGGACGUUUUGUGUUGACGCCAUCAUCUUCGGGUAGUGGUACUGGUGUGUUGUUUUCGUCGAUCAAGCCUCCAACCGAUGCUGGACAACUCAUAGGCCCAAUCAUACCAGCCAAUCUCACAGAAGCUCAGAAAGAGUGGUUGCUAGAGACGGAGUGGGCUCAGCGAGCUUUCAUGUCUUCGUACAUGCUCUCUGUUAUCGACAAUCCCGUCACUUUCAAUCCUGUUCAUACCUUGAAAAUAUCCCAGCUCUCCGCUCGUUAUCUCCCACUGUUGAACCGAGCAGAUUUCUGGGAGGCUCUACCAAAUCUUACAGAUGUCACCUUGAUGGUACUCCCGGAGUGGCGAACGGUGAAGAAAGAUGAAGCUGGCUUUGUCGAUACACCGAAUAUCAAUCCAUCCAUGGCCCUUCUCCCAUUCUGUAACUUGCUUCGGAAUCAAGUAGCUUGUCGUCCGAACAUUCGAAAUUUGACGAUCGGGUGGGUGACCGGUGGAGAACAUGCGGAAGGUAUGCACGCGAGAAACAGACUGAUAAUGCCCGCUCCCUUGAUGGACGUGGGUGCGUCAGAAAUGCUCGUCGAGAAUGAUAUCAAUGGACUGUGGGCUAACCUGCUUCACUUCCGCCAUGUGGACCGACUCACCUUGGAAAACUGCUGGAUCACACCACCAGCCAUGGUGCAGUUCGUCAAGAUACACGAUGUGCAUAGCAUGAAACAUUUGGUGCUAGACUCGGUAUCCCUUACCGCUAUGUUGCGACCUAACGAGAUCGCGAAUCAAGCGGUGCAGCAAGUAGCCGCGCUCAAUCCGCCUGCCGCCGGCCUUCUUGGAGCCGGGAUGCUUUGGAACGCACUGCAUAAUAACGGCGGUGCUCAGAUGCUGCCGAAUCAACAGCAAUUUUUUCAGGUCUAUAUGCAGACGCUUCAGGUGCAGCUGCAACAGCUACAAGCAAAUGCUGGAGGUGUUCAACAACAAACCCAGAUUGUGGCUCUUACAGCUCUCCAGAACCAAUUGCAACAACAAAUUGCGCAGCUCCAGGCACAGAACCACAAUAAUCAGCUCCAAGUCCAACCCCAGGGCCAAGGAGUAAAUCAGGCAAUACAGCAUCAGCAGGCUCAACCGCAGCCCAACUUCAACCACGCUUUUGUCACGUUUAUGCAACAGACGCAGCAUCACAUCCCUGCUGUUCAGCCCCCGCAUGUGCCCGGGAACGCCCAACCUCAGGCUGACCCUCAGGCUGACCCUCAAUCUGUCCUCAAAAUGCAGCCUCGUGAAGGCUCCUGGAUGAACAUCAUUGACAUUAUCUCGCCCGGCACCAAUCUUUCUGAUUUCGAUUCCGAGCAUUCGCAAGCUGAUGCGGAGCGUAGCACCUCGCUGCAAUCCAUCGAGUUCAUCUCUUGUGGCUAUGCGAGGCUUCCGUAUGCGCCGUUCAGCCAGACGGCCAUCGAGGCGGAUAACGGUCUCGCAGCCAUACUCCGAAGUCCCGUCUUGACCAAACGAUAUCAAGCGCUUGCGCCCGCUAUGUUGAGUGCCAAAUGGCCUCACUUGGGCGUGAUUGUGCAAGAAGUCGAUUCUGCAGAGCUCGCUGCACUCGAUGCAGGCUGGAAUCUAAGGACGGGUUGGAAGGACGCCGAGGAGGCGAGGGCUGUAGAGUUUGACGGACUCUUAUCAGGGGGUACCGGCCGCUUCACUGGCAAAGUUCAAGCAUCAGAUCGUGUGGCCGAGGGUUCUUCUGCGAGUUAGUAGAGUACCUUUGUGCCUUGUGAUCUUCUGCUGACUUUUGUCCGUAGACAGUGAGAGCCUCAUUGUCAGAUUGGAGAGGUGGGACUUGCGGAACUAGGUUUUCUCGCGAGGGUUCGAUUCACUGGUUAGGCGAUGCUCGGAAGUGUGCCGAUGAAUUCUGGGAUUUUCAGACGGUUGCUUCAUGCUGAUAAUGUCAUGGUAUUCCAUGACGGUGCGCUUCUUGCGCGGUUGGCAACAUUCUUGCGAUAACUUGGCUUCCAAGCCGCCAAACGGCGAAUGGCCCGUCUAGGCCUCGAUCAUUUCUGUUGAAGGAAGGCAAGGAAUGUCUCGCGGAUAUACGGAAGCUCGCCUUUUUUCUGGGCGAAUAUAAGUAGCCUACACUUCACUGACAAGUGUGUCGUUUGUAUCAAUAGAUGAAUAGAUGAUAAUAAUACUCAGGUUCUCUGAUCUGGUAUUGAUUCGGAC